AAGCGCAAUUCCUUACUGAAUUUUAUAAAUUUUAUCAAGCCAGCGAUUGUCGUCUGUACGUCUUAUAAAAUGGCUCCCUCAGCAACAGAAACUGUUGUUCCAAUUAUCGAGGAUAUCAAGCAGAAGGCCAUCCCAGGCAGCCAGAAGGAAGUUAUCCAGAAGGACCAGAAGGUGGACAGUGGUGCAGUUGGCACCACGGACUUGGAGGAUGAUGAACUUCCUAAACUUGAGACAGCACACAAGGAACCCCUGAAGUUGAGCGGUGCUCUCGACCAGUUCAAGCAUUUUGAUGUUACACCUGUGAUCGGAAGAGAAUAUGUAGACGUAGACUUGGCCGAAUGGCUGCGUGCCCCGAACUCCGAUGAGCUCCUCCGUGACCUAGCCAUCACAGUGUCUCAACGUGGUGUCGUCUUCUUCCGCAAACAAGACAAAAUCGACAACGACCUACAAAAGGAGUUAGUCCAAAGACUGGGCGAGCUAUCCGGCAAGCCAGCCACCUCGAAGCUACACAUCCACCCCGUCAUCAACUCCGGGCGCGAGGGCGGCGGCAAAGACGACGAGAUCAGCACCAUCUCAUCGCGACAAGCGAAGAAGCUUUAUUCCAAGAACAUCGUAUGGUCCGAGACGAAACAGACGCAAAGGAACCAAUGGCACUCCGAUAUCACGUUCGAGCCCAUCCCAAGUGACUACGCUCUGCUACGACUGACUCAACUCCCCAAGACCGGAGGAGACACCCUCUGGGCCUCAGGCUACGAGCUCUACGACCGGAUCUCCAAGCCCGUGCGCGGCUUCCUGGACACCCUAACAGCAUACUACGCACAGCCCGCCUUCAACGAAACCGCCACGCGCAACAACUUCAAGAUCUACUCCGCCGAGCGCGGGGCGCCCGAAAACAUCGGCGAGGUACUCGAAGCGAUCCAUCCGGUCAUCCGCACGAACCCGGUAACAGGGUGGAAGAGCGUGUUCGCCGUCGGCCACCACGUGCAGCGGAUCCACGGGCUGUCCGACUACGAGUCCCGCUCGCUGCUGGACUGGUUCACGAAGCUGAUUGUUGAGAACCAUGACUUGCAGGUCCGCUUGCGCUGGCAGAGUGAGAAUGAUCUGGCGAUUUGGGAUAAUAGGAGUGUUUACCAUGCUGCUACCCCGGAUUAUAUAAAUCAGGGCUUGGGGGAACGCGAGGGUUCGAGGGCGGUGAGUUUGGGGGAAAGACCGUAUUUUGAUCCGGCGAGUGGGAGUCGGAGGGAGGCUUUGAGGGCGGAGGCGGGGAGGACUUGAUGGUGUG